AUGGCCUCCCACUCAAGAUCAGCAUCCGCGAUGGGCGGUCACGAGAAGACGUACUUUGAGCAGCAGCGCGAGGCUCUGAUUGGCGAGAUCGCAAUGGCACGUCAUAGCUUUGAGCACGUCUUGGCCAACAUCAACAAGUUGAACCGAUCUCUCGAGGCAGUCACCGCUGUAUGGACAACAUUCCCUUUCAAGAUUGCCAAGCUAAUUGAGAUUGUUGCACAGGUCGGCAACGAAUUCUCCUCGGUCGAGGCACUAUGGUCGCAGUUCGAGAACGUCAUGGACAAAGAUGGCAAGGCUGAAGGCGAGACGGAACAGGCUUACCAGACGGAGCUCAAUGAAGAAGAAGGUGAUACUACAGUGAAGCACGAGGGGGCGUGA